AUGGAGAAGAAAAGGGAAAGGCGGCUGAGCCACCUUUGCUGCAUCUUUUAUCAGUUGUGUUUCCUGUCGAAUCGGAUCGCUUCAGGUCUGCAACCUCUGGGAGAUUUUGAAGAGUGGGAGAUAGUUUACCCAGCCCUGUGGAGCAGAAGCCAGCAGGAAUCCACUGGAGGGAGUGGUGCAGGAGGCAGCUGCAGUCUUGAUGGUAACUGUGGGAACAGCAGCAGCAGCAGCAAUAUUAAUGUUACCUCUACAUCCAGUCAGGGAGUGGGCAGUUCCCGUGAGAUCCGCUCAGUUUCCUCCUCAUCUGACCACCAGCACCAGCAACCGCCAGUUCGGGAAACUUCAGAGGAUGAAUAUGAAUCUCAGGAUUUCUAUCACUGGUCUCCACUUCCUCAGGGAUCUAAUGGCACUUCUCAGCAACCAUCUCAUCCACCCGUAUCUCCUCCAGAAGAUGAGGAUGAGAUGUUGCUGAGAAUACCAGCUUUCGCUCAGGAGCUCUAUCUGCUGCUGAAGAGGGACAGUCGCUUCUUAGCACCAGGUUUUGCAGUGGAAGAACGACUAUUGAAUGAAAGGAGUGCCCCAAAUUUGGUCCACACACAAACAGAGAGAUCCUGUUACUAUAGUGGGUCUGUGCUGCAUUAUCCUGGAUCCUUUGCUUCCUUUAGCACUUGUGGUGGUUUGGUUGGUUUUUUGCAGAUGAAUGACGACUUCAUAUUUAUUGAGCCAUUCAAUCAUAGUUUGGCUGUGAUAGGUCAAGCACAUCGGGUGUGCAGACGUAAAAGAUCUAUACAUGAAAGACCCCCUGGAAAAUCCAUCCCUCAUAGUCAAUACUGUGGUGUUUUUUCUGAGAAAAGAAUAGUCAGAGGUCAAAAAGGCAGAGAAAAUGGACGAGGAAAGAGAUAUUCCUAUAAAUUACCUCAAGAAUAUAAUGUGGAGACUGUAGUGAUUGCAGAUCCAGCAAUGGUUUCCUAUCAUGGAGCAGAUGCUGCUAGGAGAUUUAUUUUAACUAUUUUAAAUAUGGUAUUUAAUCUUUUCCAGCACAAGAGCCUUGGAGUUCAAAUGAACCUUCGGGUGACUAAGCUUGUUCUGCUUCAUGAGACUCCGGCAGAGAUGUAUAUUGGACAUCAUGGUGAAAAAAUGCUAGAGAGCUUUUGCAAAUGGCAACAUGAAGAAUUUGGUAAGAAAAAUGACAUACAUUUAGAAAUGUCAACAAGCUGGAGUGAAAAUGUGUCACCAGUGGAUGCAGCUGUAUUAAUCACCAGGAAGGAUUUCUGUGUGCAUAAAGAUGAGCCUUGUGAUACUGUGGGAAUAGCAUAUUUGAAUGGCAUGUGUAGUGAAAAACGAAAAUGUAUAAUUGCAGAGGACAACGGUCUGAAUCUUGCAUUUACUAUUGCCCAUGAAAUGGGUCACAACAUGGGAAUAAAUCAUGACAAUGACCACCCAUCUUGUGCAGAUGGUCUCCACAUCAUGUCUGGAGAAUGGAUCAAAGGGCAAAACCUUGGGGAUGUUUCAUGGUCCCGCUGUAGCAGAGACGAUCUAGAAAGAUUUCUCAGGUCAAAGGCCAGUAACUGCUUGCUGCAUACAAAUCCCCAGAGCCUCAAUUCUGUGAUUAUUCCUUCAAAGCUCCCUGGGAUAAAAUACACUGCAGAUGAACAAUGCCAGAUUCUUUUUGGACCAUCUGCCUCUUUCUGCCAAGAAAUGCAGCAUGUUAUUUGCGCUGGGUUAUGGUGUAAAGUUGAAGGUGAGAAAGAAUGUAAAACUAAGUUGGAUCCACCGAUGGAUGGAACAGAUUGCGACAUUGGAAAGUGGUGUAAAGUUGGAGAAUGUACCAGUAAAACAUCUUUCACUGGACACAUGGAAGCAGAAUGGAGUACCUGGGGCUCUUGUAGCAGAACUUGUAACACUGGAAUCAGCAGUCGACAACGAAGAUGUGCUAGUCCAGGUUAUGAAGAAACAGAAUGCCAGGGAUCAAGAAUACAAUACAAAAUAUGUGAGAAUCCCUCUUGUACUCCUGGACUGCCUGCAUUCAGGGAUUGGCAGUGUCAGGCCUUCAGCGUUAGGCUAGCAUAUCAGAAACAUAUACACCAAUGGCAGGCUGUUGUAGAUGAAGAAAAACCAUGUGCGUUAUUUUGUUCUCCAAAUGGAAAAGAACAGCCAAUAUUGGUAACAGAGAAAGUGAUGGAUGGAACUUCCUGUGGGCCUCAGGAUCUAGAUGUAUGUGCAAAUGGAAAAUGUCAGAAAUUCGGCUGUGAUGGCAUAUUGGGUUCUUUGGCAUGGGAAGAUCACUGUGGUGUCUGCAAUGGAGAUGGAAAAUCAUGUAGAGUUGUUAAAGGAGAUUUUAAUCAUACUCGAGGAGCAGGUUAUGUGGAAGCCUUAGUGAUACCUGCAGGAGCAAGAAGAAUCAAAGUUGUGGAAGAAAAACCAGCUCACAGCUACUUGGCACUUCGAGAUGCCAGCAAACAGUCUAUUAAUAGUGAUUGGAAGAUAGAACAUUCUGGAACAUUCAACAUUGCUGGUACCACUGUCCAUUAUGUUAGGAGAGGUCUGUGGGAAAAAAUUUCUGCCAAAGGUCCAACUACAUCACCUUUACAUUUAUUGGUCCUGCUUUUUCAAGAUCAGAAUUAUGGGCUACAUUAUGAAUAUACUAUUCCUUUAGAUCCAGUUAACGAGAAUCAGAGCACAAAGGUAUCGGAGCCUCUAUUUAUGUGGACCCACUCAGGUUGGGAAGACUGUAAUGCUGUAUGUGGAGGAGGUGAAAGAAAGACAACAGUAUCCUGCACAAAAAUUAUGAAUAAGCAUAUUAGUUUUGUGGAUAACAAGAAAUGCAAACAUUUAACAAAACCUGAACCACAAAUUCGAAAGUGCAAUGAGCAGCCAUGCCAUACAAGGUGGAUGAUGACUGAGUGGACUUCAUGCUCAAGGACAUGUGGGAAAGGGACACAGAAUAGGCAGGUGGCCUGUACUCAGCAACUGAGAAAUGGAACCCUGAUCAGAGCCCGAGAGAGAGACUGUCUUGGCCCUAAGCCUACUUCAACACAGCGCUGUGAAGGCCAGGACUGCAUGACAGUGUGGGAAGCUGGCGUGUGGUCAGAGUGCUCUGUAAAAUGUGGCAAAGGCAUACGGCAUCGGACUGUAAGGUGCACCAACCCUCGGAAGAAAUGUGUUUUGUCCACAAGACCCAGAGAAUCAGAAGAUUGUGAAGAUUAUUCCAAAUGUUACAUCUGGAGAAUGGGAGACUGGUCCAAGUGUUCUAUCACCUGUGGAAAAGGAAUGCAGUCACGGGUCAUCCAGUGCAUGCACAAGAUCACAGGAAGGCAUGGCAGUGAAUGUUUCUCCUCUGAAAAGCCUGCAGCCUACAGACCUUGCCACCUGCAGCCCUGCAAUGAAAAAAUUAAUGUGAACACAAUUACAUCACCUAGAUUGGCUGCCUUAACAUUCAAGUGUCUUGGAGACCAAUGGACUGUAUAUUGCAGAGUGAUACGAGAGAAGAACCUGUGUCAGGACAUGAGAUGGUAUCAACGUUGCUGUGAAACAUGCAGGGACUUUUAUGCACAGAAGAUGCAGCAGAGGAGUUGACCCGUAGCAGGCAGGCUCGUGGGCUCUCAGCUUUUCACAAUCACAUUAUUUAUAAACUCACACACAUUUCCUCAAACCAAAUAUAUCAGAUUACAUAUAAUUUAAUCAAAGUAAUUUAUUUUUGCCUGCGCAGACAUUUAAAAAAAAUGGUUAAAUAGCUUUUGUUUGGGUUUUAUGAUCAGAGUUUCCAUAAUUAAAUUUUAUAUGAAUUAUUUUGGAUACAUUUAUGAGACUUUUUCUAAAAAUACUAUUUUAAAUGUUUAUAUUCAACAAGGUAAGCAACUAUUUUGGCAUCCUUGCUAUUCAAAAGAGAAGUAGUGCAGUACUACAGAUAGAUAAGUUUGCUAGUCUUGUUCACUUGAAAUCAAAGGCACUUAAGCCUAUUAAACUGCUUACUGCAUUGGAUAAUAAGCUAUCAUACUACCCUGAAUUUAUUUUCUAUUUAGAUGAAUAGUUUUUUCUGUACUGUAUAUGGAAAUGAAGUCAUCUUUAUUUUUAUUUUGUUUAUAUGUUGGUGCUCAGAGUCAGAUUGACUCCAGAAAUUUUGCAGCAGGUUUUGGAACUCCAUUCAUACUUUGUAAAGGGCCAUAUAUAACACAAACUGUUCUUGGAAAUGUAUUUAUGUAGCAAGUGUAACACUUGACUCAGCACAUCCAUGAAUAUAGCCAGUUUCUUAAGCUACAUUUUCAUCGUUGUUCCACCAAAAUAAUCACAAGAGUUAAUUCUAGGAAGUUGUGGGUAAUUUUCAUCAACCCUCUGUAUCAUUUUAUAUAUUUUCUGUAUAAAUGUACUCUGGAAAUUGUUGGAACGCCUUAAGUUGGUAAGAGCUGUGUGUGCCCUUAGAAACGUACUAUAGGAAAUUAUCUACUGUAAUUUAUAAAUCUUUAUAUCAAAAUUAGACAAACAUGGCAAAGUAGGCAUUUUAAUCAUGUGAACAUAUACUUGAACACAAGUAUUGAAGCAGUUAAACACUGUAAAGAUUUACACUGAAUCUCUGUUGCACUCCUUUAUGUAAUGUAGAAAAACACCUUUAUGAACCUUGGAACAUCUUUUAAAAGAAGUCUGUGCUGUUUUAACAUGUCAUUUGCUUUUAAGUAUACCAAGCAAAAGGCCGGUGGCUAACUUGCAAUGUUCACAUGUAAUUUUGGGGAAAUUUCUUUUACCAGUGGGAGGAACCUAAUGCUUACGAUGAAUCAGGCUACAUUUUCAGGUUUUUUUAAAAAAAACUUAUAAGAUACUUCUGUGAUAAAUUGUUUCAUUACAAAAAAGUUAUUAAAAAUACACUUUUACAAUUUUGUGAAAUGUGAAGAAAACACUUUCCUUUUGAAAUUUUGUACA